CUGGAUGCUCUGUGGUUCAGGUUACCACACCAAUAGAUUUACAGGAAGCAGUAAGAGCGAAGUGGAUAGACCACACCCUACUGAGAGAAGGGAGGGAAGUAAACAAGUGUGCUGCUGCUUCUCCAUUAUCCGGAUGCUUCACCAAUGAUCUCGACAACAUCCAGCACAGUGGAAAUGGUUACUCAAGGCAAACUUCAGAUAAGUGAAGAAAAUAUUGAAGAUAAAAAUGCAGGAAGGUUGGGAUGCUUUGGUUCAUUGCUAGUCAUCAUAUCGCUACUGUUUAUAGCGCUAACCUUUCCAGUCACAUUGUUUAUGUGUGUCAAGAUAGUGAAGGAGUAUGAACGAGCAGUCAUCUUUAGACUGGGACGGAUCUCGGAUCGGAAGCCUAAAGGACCUGGCCUCUUCUUUGUUUUGCCUUGCACUGAUAAUUUUGUGAAAGUUGAUCUAAGGACAGUAUCUUUUGAUAUCCCUCCGCAAGAGAUCCUAACCAAAGACUCUGUCACUGUGUCAGUGGAUGGAGUUGUGUACUUUCGCAUUCACUGUCCCAUCUCAGCUGUGGCAAAUGUGUCCAACGCACACUCAUCCACACGUCUGCUUGCACAAACCACUCUGAGGAAUGUCCUUGGCACCAAAAACCUUGCAGAACUUCUGUCUGACAGAGAAGGAAUUUCAAUGAGCAUGCAGGAAGCCCUGGCUGAUGCCACUGAUCAGUGGGGUAUCAAGGUGGAGCGUGUGGAGAUCAAGGAUGUGAAGCUGCCUCAACAGCUGCAGAGAGCCAUGGCUGCAGAGGCUGAGGCCAGUCGGGAGGCCAGGGCUAAGAUCAUUGCUGCAGAGGGUGAAAUGAAUGCUUCCAGGGCUCUGAAAGAAGCUUCUCUGGUUAUAGCUGAAGCCCCGUCUGCUCUCCAGCUACGAUACCUGCAGACACUCAGUAGCAUUGCUUCAGAGAAGAACUCCACCAUCAUCUUCCCCCUGCCCAUAGACAUGAUGCAAGGUUUCAUGCAGCGAAAGUCAUAAUUUCUCUAGCUAUCCUCAGUACAAUUAUUAACUUUCUAAAGUUAACCUGUAUCAAAUAAAAAUGAUCUACAUAUAUGCAUAAGACAAAUACAAAACAGACAGCAUUUUACUUACUCUGCUUAUUGUGAUUUAAUCAUUAAAUACAAAGUGCAACAUACAUAGCCAUAACCUCUUAUUAUUAACCAUAGCUAAGUUACUGUUUUGAUUUAAAGGAGGGUGAAUGAAGUAUAACUGAAAAAAAUAAAUACAUUUACAGAAAACAUAUAAAGACAUGCUUUUAUGUAGGCUUAUCUGGAAAAUACUUAAUACAAUAUUUUUUAACAAAAAAACCCACAGAAGGAAAGACAUCCACAUGAUGAAACAGCCUCUCUCUGAUAUUGCAUGUAAACUGUAAACAAAAGCUUUUGUCUUUUAUGUUUGUUCAGUAUAUGAGUACAAGGUAGUGUCCACAGGACACAGAGGCAAUCAGUGCAAUCGGAGAACCUGAUGUAGAGAAAGGCAGCUUCCACGCUCGGUGUAGAGCUGAUUCUCUUCCCGCUGAACAUAAUUAUCUAACAUUAGACACAUCAGCCAAAUAAUUGUUUGAACAGGUUUUAAACAUAAUAUGCUCUAUGAAAUGUAUACAUAAAUAUUGUGAAUUAAAUAAUACUCUACACCUUUUGGAAUAUUUCUAUGCAC